CCCUCCUCGCGGGGCGGGCUCCGCGACGGCUGGAAAAGCGGCAGUGCACAGUGGUGAGAGGCGCAAGCGACCUCCGCGACCGAGCAGACAUGGCCGAGUACACGCGGCCGCGGAACUGGCUGGCGCUGAUCCGCCUUCGAAACCCGCCGGUCAACGCCAUCAGUACAUCUGUACUCCGUGGAAUAAAAGAGGGACUGCAGAAAGCUAUAACAGACCAUACAGUAAAAGCCAUUGUGAUUUGUGGAGCAGAUGGCAAAUUCUCUGCAGGUGCUGAUAUCCAUGGCUUCACUGCUCCUAGAAAGCCCGCCAUCGUAUUGGGACAUGUAGUAGAUGAAAUACAGAGAAAUGAGAAGCCCAUGGUGGCAGCUAUUCAAGGCAUGGCUUUAGGAGGGGGACUAGAGCUGGCCCUGGGCUGUCACUAUAGGAUUGCCCAUGCAGAGGCUCAAAUUGGCUUCCCAGAAGUCAGGCUAGGACUCCUUCCUGGUGCAAGAGGAACCCAGCUUCUCCCCAGACUCAUUGGAGUUCCUGCUGCACUCGAUUUAAUUACCUCAGGAAGACACAUUUUGGCAGACGAAGCACUCAAGCUGGGCAUUCUAGAUGAAAUGGUGAACUCAGACCCGGUUGAAGAAGCAAUCAAAUUCGCCCAGAGAAUUUCUGGUCAAUCUCUAGAAUCCCGUAGACUCUGCAACAAGCCAAUUCAGAGCUUGCCCAACAUGGACGAAAUUUUCAGCGAAGCCCUUUUGAAGAUGCGGAAGCAGCAUCCUGGGUGCCUUUCUCAGGAGACUUGUGUCCGUGCAGUCCAGGCUGCUGUACAGUAUCCCUAUGAGGUUGGCAUCAAGAAGGAAGAGGAGCUGUUUAUGUACCUUCAGAAAUCAGGGCAGGCUCAAGCCCUGCAAUAUGCUUUCUUUGCUGAGAGGAAGGCAAAUAAGUGGUCAGCUCCCUCUGGAGCAUCCUGGAAAACGGCGUCAGCGCGACCCAUCUCCUCAGUUGGUGUUGUCGGCUUGGGAACAAUGGGCCGAGGCAUCGUCAUUUCUUUUGCAAAGGCCAAGAUCCCUGUGAUUGCUGUAGAAUUGGACAAGAAGCAGCUAGAGACUGCCGAUGGGAUAAUAACCUCCGUUUUGGAAAAGGAAGCAUCCAAAAUGCAGCAUAGCAGCCACCAUUGGUCAGGACCAAAACCCAGGUUAACUACGUCUAUGGAAGAGCUUGGUGGUGUAGAUUUAGUCAUUGAAGCAGUAUUUGAGGAAAUUAACUUGAAGAAGCAAGUCUUUGCUGAAUUGUCAGCUGUGUGCAAGCCAGAAACUUUUUUGUGCACCAAUACUUCAGCCCUGGACAUUGAUGAGAUUGCUUCUUCCACUGAUCGCCCUCACUUGGUCAUUGGCACUCACUUCUUCUCACCAGCUCAUAUCAUGAGGUUGUUAGAGAUUAUUCCCAGCCGAUACUCUUCCCCUACUACUAUUGCCACAGUUAUGAAUUUAUCAGAAAAGAUUAAAAAAAUUGGAGUAGUUGUAGGUAACUGUAAGGGAUUUGUUGGCAAUCGAAUGUUAAAGCAUUAUUACAAUCAGUCAUAUUUCUUGUUAGAAGAAGGCAGUAAGCCAGAAGAGAUAGACCAGGUGCUAGAAGAGUUUGGUUUCAAAAUAGGACCUUUUAGAGUGUCAGAUCUUUCUGGAUUGGAUGUGGGUUGGAAAUGUCGACAAGGGCAAGGCCUUACUGGACCUACGUUGCCUCCAGGAACUCCUGCCCGAAAGCGGGGCAAUGAGAGAUAUUGCCCAAUUCCCGAUAUGCUCUGUGAAUUAGGACGAUUUGGCCAGAAGACAGGUAAGGGUUGGUACCAAUAUGAUAAGCCAUUGGGUAGGAUUCACAAACCUGAUCCCUGGCUUUCUGAAUUUCUGUCACAGUACAGAGAAACGUAUCACAUUGAACCACGCAUCAUUAGCCAGGAUGAGAUCCUCGAGCGCUGCUUAUAUUCACUCAUCAAUGAAGCAUUCCGUAUCUUGGGAGAAGGGAUAGCUGCUACUCCAGAGCACAUUGAUGUUGUCUAUUUACAUGGGUAUGGAUGGCCAAGGCACGUGGGUGGGCCCAUGUUCUAUGCCUCCACAGUUGGGUUGCCGACAGUGCUAGAGAAGUUGCAGAAAUAUUAUAGGCAGAAUCUUGAUAUUCCACAACUAGAGCCCUGUGACUAUCUGAAAAAAUUGGCUUCCUUAGGAAACCCUCCUCUGAAAGAAUGGCAAAGCUUGGCAGGACCCCCUAGCAGUAAAUUGUGAUUCAGCCUUCCAGGUUGUGCCUCACAUGCUGACAUCAGGUGAUGCUCACUGAAUUUCACUGAAAUUAAAUCUGAAAAUCCAAAGUAAGAUUGCUCUCUUUGGGUCUUCUGUCUGAUUAUUCUAAUGGGUCAAAUCUUUAGGAGUGUGCUUCCUAUGUCUCUGAAUCUGUCCCUAUCGAGUAAAUUAUUUCAAUCCCACUGAAUAAACUGUGUUAAUACCAAAAUAGCUAAGGAAAGAGACUCAUGAAUAAGUUGAGGCUUCCAAGUGCUUUGAUCAUUGGAGAAGGGUGUCAUCAAUUAAUGACUGAAAAAUGCAACUAAGCCACAAAUUCAUUUUAUCCCUUUAAAACUCACACACGUGGCACUGGUAGGAAAUCUUAUGGAUCUGUCAUUCAACAAACAUCCAUUGUGCACCUCCUGAGCAUCUUGCACAGCAUGUGGCAAACCUGGAGUCCAGAGGGGCAUUAAUCCAGCAUGGAAAGCUGUGAUGAAGUUUAGUCCCUAGUCUGCGAGGUGGAGUGGAGAUAGUUGGCAGGGUUGAAUCAACAAUGAGGGUCUUUGUGAGUGAGAAUGGAAAGUUGCUCAAGGAGAGGCAGAAGUAGUUACCAGAAAGAGAGGAAGAGUGUCAAAAGCAUAACAGUAUUAAAGUGGGCAAAACACAGUUGAGAAAUAGUGAGGGAGUCAAGUACUUCACACUAGAAUGGGGAACUCAGAGUAGCUUGGCAAGUCAUACUUGGUGUAUUACUUCCAUCUACAGCCCAGGUACAUGUGCACAGUUGUGCUUGCUGCUUGUAAGGCGCUCAGUAAUGUUUGUUGAUAAUUUCCGCAGGACCAGGAGAUGUCUACAACCUAUCUUUCUUUUCUGUGCAUGGAAACAAAACAGAAAGUAAUCAUUAUUGAUUUAAUGUAAGAAGGGAUCUUAGAAAACAUCUAAUCUCCUCUGAUUCUAUGAUAAAGUAAUGAUGCCAAUUUCCCGGUCAUGAUGUGCUUUGUGAUGCCGGAUAUGCAAAUUGUUGAAUCUUGAAAAGUCUGACAUGACUGCAAAAUAAAUUCUGUAUAGUUUUGUUAUAAUUAUAAGAGUUCUCUUUAUACUUUUAAUGGGCUGGUCAACGCAAAAACUUGUACACAAGUGUUUAUAGUAAUGUUCUUCAUAGGAGCCCCAAGUUGGAAACAACCUAAAUCUCCAUCAACUGGUGAAUAGAUGAACAAAGUAUAGUAUAGCUAUAUAAUAGAAUAUUUGGCCAUAGAAAGAAAUAAAGUACUGAUAUUUACUACAACAUGAUGAACCUUCAAAAUGUCAUGCUAAAUGAAAAAAGCCAAUCACAGAAGGCCACAUAUUGUAUAGACAUUUAUAUGAAAUUUCCAAAGUAGGCAAACCUGUAGGGAAAGAAAGCAGAUCGUAGGAUGCCUAAGACUGGAAUAAUUAGGGGCUAGGGAAUGGGGAGUGACUGCUAAUGGGGACAGGGUUUCUUUUUGGGUUGACGAAAACGUUCUGAAAUUAUUGUGAUGAUGGUUACAUUACUCUGUGAAUCUACUAAAAACCACUGAGUUGUGUAGUUUUAAAUGGGUGAAUUGUAUGGUAUGUGAAUUAUUCCUCAGAAUUGUCAGUAAAUAAGUAAAUAAACAAAUGGGCUCAAGUUGUCUUUUAGUGUGAUGUAAAUGAACUUUCAUAGUAUUUUCACCUGUGAACCCAAAUAAAAUUAUCAAACGUUCUGAUAGAGAAAUAUGGAAUGAAUAUGUUUUCUGUUAUCAAAAACAAAAACAAACAAAAACCCUAGAGUGUGCCUUGAAUUGUAGUUUAAUUUAGAAUAAUUUUUAAAUUGUAUGUUGCUGGAUUUUUAUAUAAAUUGGUCCUUGAAAUUAAAGAUAACAAUAGAAAAGGGGCGCCUGGCUGGCUCAAUCAGUAGAGCAUGCAACUCUUGAUUUGGGGUUGUGAGUUUGAGCCCCAUAUUGGGUGCAGAGAUUACUUAAAAAUAAAAUCUUUAGGAGCGCCUGGGUGGUUCAGUCAGUUAAGUGUCUGAGUUCACCUCGGGUCAUGAUCCUGCUAUUCAUGAGUUCGAGCCCCAUGUAGGGCUCUGUGCUGACAGCUCAGAGCCCGGAACCUGCUUUGGAUUCUAUGUCUCCUUCACUCUCUGCCCUUCCCCCACUUGCAUUCUGUCUCUCUCCCUCUCUCUCUC